GCGGCGUCCGCGGCUGCAGCAGGUCGGCCCGCAGCAGCCUCAGGCCGGGCGCCGGCAACCUCGCGGGGCGGGCAAGCGCGGCACCCCCUGCCUGGCCGCCCCCGGGGAGGUCGCCCGCGCGCGGCGGGGCCAGCAGCAUGAGCAGCGGUUACAGCAGCCUGGAGGAGGACGCCGAGGACUUUUUCUUCACCGCCAGGACCUCCUUCUUCAGGAGAGCGCCACAGGGCAAGCCCCGCUCCGGCCCUCAAGAUGUGGAGAAAGAGAAGGAAACCCACAAUUACCUCAGCAAAGAGGAAAUCAAAGAGAAAGUUCAUAAAUACAAUUUAGCAGUCACAGACAAACUGAAGAUGACCUUGAAUUCCAAUGGGGUUUACACUGGCUUCAUCAAAGUUCAGAUGGAACUCUGCGCACCCCCCCAGACGUCACUGAAGCCUGGAAAGCUCGCUCCUGGAUGCAGUGACUGCAUGAACACGCUUCAUAUCAGCAGCACAAACACUGUCGGCGAAGUGAUCGAGGCCCUGCUCAAAAAGUUUCUCGUGACUGAGAGCCCCUCCAAGUUUGCACUUUAUAAGCGCUGUCACAGGGAGGACCAAGUCUACGCCUGCAAGCUCUCAGAACGGGAACACCCGCUCUACCUGCGUCUGGUGGCAGGACCUAGAACAGACUCGCUUAGUUUUGUUCUUCGUGAACAUGAAAUUGGAGAGUGGGAAGCUUUCAGCCUUCCAGAACUACAGAAUUUCUUACGCAUCUUGGACAAGGAGGAAGAUGAGCAGCUACAGACGCUGAGGAGGCGCUAUGCAGCCUACAGACGCGAGCUGGAGGGGGCCCUGAGCCGGGCCUGGACUCCCGGCUAGCCGGGCCCUGCCCGAGCUGUGCGGACCGAGGACAGUGCAGACGGUUCCGCCCGUGCUCCGGCCUCCCCUUUCAUCUCUAGGCCUAGUUCCCCACACUGGCCACAGCGCCCUGCACCUUCAGCCUCCCGCAUGCAGUGCCUGCCAGUCCACUCUGUCACCGCACAUGGAGCCUGCCAGUGGGCUCUGUCACCGCCUGCAGAGCCUCCCAGCCUGAUCCAUCACCAUACAGGGGCCUGACAGCCCUCUCUGUCACCACACGCUGUGUUGUCUGGGCAGCUGUGCACCCGCUGUCUCUGGAGCAUCAUAGCGGGCUUGGGAGCAUGAACUCUGGAGUUUUUUGGUUUGUUUGUGUCCUUAAUUUUUUUUUCAGUUAUUUUAAUUAUGUGAUGAUAAUGAUAAGCUUAAGGAUGUGCAAAUGAUUUUUAAAAAGCUUAACUAGGAACCUCUCUGAAUAUUUGCCCUAUUUUGAAACUACCUGGUUUUUGUUUUUUUUAAAUGUCAGAAGCAUCUAUCCAUGGGGAUCAAAAGGCACAGGAAUCUAGGAACUCUAAGGAAUUUGUGAAGGAUUUUGUAGCAUUUGGGCAAAGAAAGUAAAAGCAAGUUUGGAAGAAGGCAGGUGUAGCGUGGAGAGCUCAAGGCUGGGUAGGCAGCCUGGCUGGUAAGGGGAAGGUCGAAGAGAAAGGGGUAGUUGCUUGUGAGUGAACUAAAAGCGUUCAGUGGUGAGAUGUUAAAUUCAUUUUAGGAAUGUUUCAUUUCCUGGUGGGUAAACUGUGGGAACAGAGCCAAAGAGCAGGAGCUAAAUAAACCAAAAGGAAGGACCUAUGGACUCUGCAGCUGACCAGAGAUCUGAGCAGGUAGAACCUUGAAACAGGGGUGGGGGUCCACGUGGCUGACUCUGCCCUCUUGGUGGAAGCUUCUCUGCACAGGCAGGGCUGGGACCAUGUGCUGAGUUGCAUUCAGUGCAUACACAGUUGCCCCUAGAAGUUGUUUUCAAAGUUGAAGAGCAGUUGGGGAGGGCAGCUAUUUCCACCUGGACUGUGAGCUGGGGGGCUUGUGAAGGGCUCCCAGCGCAGUGAAGGGUCAUAGCUCCCUUCUGGACAGUCGUCCCUUGCUUCCAUUCCUGUUUCCUGUCCCCUCCUUUCUUCCUUCCUGCCUUCUCUCUCUUCCUCACU